AUGAAGCGGGACAUCGUAGAGACAGACUAUGAUGCGAGCGAUGAGGACAGCGACUGUGAUAGUCAGGGCGAGGAGGGAAUCCAAGUCAAUUUUGUUCUCACCAACUCAACGGACAAGCAUGAAAUGGCCUGGACCAUCGGUGGGGCUUUCGUUAUUGCGACGGUUCCCAUUUCACUCUUCCAAAUCUUCCAGCACCUCUCCAACUUUGUAGAGCCCAAGCAACAAACUCAUGUAAUUCGAAUGAUCUCCAUGGUACCGUUGUAUGCGAUUCAAAGUUGGUUCUCGCUCCGGUAUCAGAGCUUAAGCCUGUACACGCAAUGUGUGCGGGAAGCGUACGAAUCCUAUGUCAUAUACGCGUUCGUGCAAUAUCUCAUCAAUUACAUGGGCAGCGAGGCACAGCUUAUCAGAAAACUAGAAACCAAGCCUGCAGUCCUCGGUCGGCACAUGGCCCCGUUCUGUUGCCUUCCUCCGUGGUCGAUGGGUGCGGAGUUUCUGAAACGGUGUAAGGUAGGGGUGCUGCAAUAUCUGGGCGUGCGCCUAGCCACUCUUGUCUUAACGUUUGCCUUGGAAUCCUUGGACCUCUAUGCAGAGGGAGAAUAUACCGUCCGGCGCGGCUUUUUCUGGAUGACUGUGGCGAAUUGUAUUUCUCAGACCUGGGCUCUCUACAUCCUGAUCCUGUUCUACCAUGCCACCCACAAAGAGCUGAUUUCCAUCAACCCUUGCGGAAAAUUCUUCUCCGUCAAAUCUGUAGUUUUCGCGUCCUGGUGGCAGUCCCUUCUGAUCGGACUGAUGGUGCACCAGGGGACCAUUGGAGAGCUCGACAGUCAUUCGGCAGAGAUGGUGGCCAAGGCCAUUCAGGACCUACUGAUUUGCACCGAGAUGUUCAUGGCAGCGAUCGCAUUCACUUUCGCUUUUCCCGUCUCCGAUUUUGUCUCCCCAAUCGAGCCUCCAUAUUACAAAGACCCUGGUUCAGAUGCCCAAGACUCGUUCUGGGAGGGGGAGGGGGCGCUUCACAGGAGCUUGGGCGGGGUGGAGGGAGGUGGCCCUCUGAACUUGAUGGGGGACGAGAGCCCUACGGAUACCUGGUAG